UGCACGACGUUUUAAACUCCGACAAAUCAUCAGUCACUCACCUCGACAUUUGCGAUACGCAUCUUGCACCAAUACUCGAAUUCAGAUUCACUUACUAGUUAGAUACACAGCAAACACUGUACAAGCGUUUCUGUAUUACUAUGCGCCAACAAACGCUCUUAUUAGCACUCGCUAUCGCACAUGCUGUCUAUGGUGCUACCAGUAAUGCCCUGUGCAACAUAGGGGACACAUAUGUCGCUGGAAAUUGGUACUGUCAAGAAGUGAAAAAGAUAAGCUAUACUGGUAUCAAUCAGUCCGGAUCUUACAAAGCGACCACUGCAAUGGACGAAAAUACUGGUGUCUGCUCAAGGAAGGACGUGUCCUACUCCGGCCCGGGUGCACCAUUAGACGGAGAAGUAUCCAUCCAUCUGAGAGGACCCCUCAAGCUAUCUCAGUUCGCUGCGUAUACUAUGGGAGGUGGCUCAUCAGCCUCGCGCAAACAACGUCGGCAUGGUCAUGGUCAUGGUCAUGAUCAUGGUCAAUUGCAUAGUCGUCAUGCUGCUAAGCGAGCUGCGGGGGACCUUGUUACAGCAGUCAUCAAUGGACAGACUGUGACCUGGGCUAAGGGGUAUGACUCCACCGCCACACCCGUAGCAGGCCAGCCCGCUGCCAAUGUAAAUACGGUUGAAGCGGGCACGCAGACCAGUCCCGCUGCCAGUGGAAGCACGCCCGCUACUCCAUCUACAAGCAUUGGAGAUGGUAAAUGGGGAAGGGUUGCCUACUAUUCAGUCAAUAGUAAAGAUUCAGCAGCAGGCCUUGCUUUCCUCAAUAAUCAAGGGUCUAGUUAUGCAUCUGGUACCUGGUCUAGUACAUUCGGCAACUCUGCAUCUUAUGCUUCGGAAGACGGUACGACGGCUGCGAAGUCGUCUACGCCAUUUGGUGGAUCACUGGCGACAUCAGCAAACGAGGUCUUCAUAAUGACCGACAAAGUUUGCAAUGGAGAUGACUGUGGUUUCUAUAGACCAAACAGUGUCGCUCAUCAUGGCUUUAACGGAUCAUCGAAGGCUUUUCUCUUUGAGUUUCAGAUGCCAGAUAACCCUUCGGGAGACAGCAGUGGUUUGCCGAAUGCGCCUGCAAUCUGGAUGCUAAACGCGAACAUCCCAAGAGUAAGCCAAUACGGUACAGACUCCGCUACCAAAACAUCCUGCUCCUGUUGGGACAGUGGCUGUGGUGAAUUUGACAUCUUUGAAGUCCUCUCUGCUGGAGACAAGAGAUGUAAAAGUACUCUUCACAGGCAACAUAACGCCCAGGGGGGCGAUUCAAAUUACUUCAAGCGACCAACGGAUGCUCCAGUCAAGGUCGCUGUUGUGAUGACGGGAGGUAACUUCAUUAUUGCAACGCUCAAAGACGACGUCACUUUCGAUGAGACAUUCGAGUCAAGCACCAUGCAAUCAAUGCUGAAUGCCUAUGAUAACCCCAACCAUCAAUCAGUCUUCGCUAUUGUUCGUUAGCAUGCGACGGUAAUCCACUUCAGGUCCAUGGAAUUGAAAAGUCUCGUCCUCCUAGGACUAUGGCCCCUGUUUAACAAAGAAAAGAGAACUGUAUU